GCCUCGGCAGUGAGUAGACUCGGUACCCAUACUGGGUUCACUGUCACUGAAGUCUUUGGUCUGCUUUUUACAUAACAGUUGACAAACAUGGCUACAAUGGCGAGUGCAGGCCUGCUUAGCCCCCUCCAUUGCCACCUCAGCGAGCUUCCGCUUUUGGGUUCGAGCUCGAUCCGCAACAAGCUCGCAGAAUUUCGGUUCUGUCAGCCCAAUAUCGCUCUAAAGCACGCAAGAAAUGCGUCCAUUGUUCCGGUCGUACGAGCGCAGAGUUCUUCUGGUUAUGUCCCAGACUCCAAAUUUUACAAAGUCGAAGCGAUUCUGAGGCCCUGGCGUGUUUCGCAGGUUUCUUCGGCUCUGCUGAAAAUUGGAAUUCGUGGUGUUACUGUAUCUGAUGUUCGAGGCUUUGGUGCUCAAGGUGGUUCAACAGAGAGGCACGGUGGCUCUGAAUUUUCUGAAGACAAUUUUGUUGCUAAGAUUAAAAUGGAGAUUGUAGUGAGCAAAGACCAGGUUGAGGCUGUGGUUGACACAAUAAUUGAGGCAGCCAAGACUGGAGAAAUCGGCGAUGGCAAGAUUUUGUGGUGCCAGUCUCAGAUGUAAUCAGAGUUCGCACUGGGGAGCGUGGAGAGAAGGCGGAGAAGAUGACAGGAGGGCUGUCUGACGUGUCCUCUGCUUGAGUGAGAUUUGACGAAACUUGAUGAGUACCACUCUAUUCAACCCCCCAUCCAAUCUUCCCUCCUUGUCCGUUAGAUCUUAGAAGAUUAGUGCUUUAUUUUCGGACUGUAUGCAGUGAUGGAAGAGUAGAAUAAGGUGUAAUACCAGUCCUGUAGCUUCUAUCUUUUCUCAGAAGGCAAAUCGGUAGAAAAUAACCCGGCGGUUGUUUCCCCUCUUACUUAUUAAAUAAAGUAGUGAGCUUAUUAGCGAUGAAGAAGAAUUUCCUAACAAAAAUAGGUGGGUUACUUGUCUCUGUCUUUGGAAGAUGAAUGCUAUCUGGUCUAUGUAAGCUUGUUUUACUUGUCA